AUGCUCUCGUUUUUCCGGCUAUUAGUGUUAUGUAGUUUGGUCAUGUCUCUAUGGACCGGCAAGGAUGCCACUCACACUCGCAGCAUAUGCGUUGCCCUGGGGAUUGUGCUAGGUUUCUGCAUCUUUUCUUACACAUCGGUGUGGAAUAAACGCCGUAAACGGGCAGGGCACGUUGCCGAAUCGUCGGAGCAAAGUGUGACUCCCAAAGGGCGGCGGACGUCAGGCCACACAACUUAUGGGCCCCCGCAAUGCGUCAAUGAGUUACAGUCGCAGACCCUGUCGGGAGGGAACACACAAAGGGAGAGGCAAUCACUUUGGCGAACAUCUUCUGCGAGGGAGGAAUACAAAAAAACACCGACAUCGCAGACUGAGACUACGCCCUUGUUCCUCUCCACUGUAAAAAAUAGUGGUGGGUGCUCGGCGAAUGUCGGUAGCACCAUCUUCUUGGAAAAGCCGUUAAGUACUCUUGGUUUUGAUUCAGAAGUGGUGGUGGGUCAUUUCGCAAUGAAUAUGGCAGACUGUUUCAGUCAAGAAUCCGUCAUGUACCGGUUCCCCAUCGAAAUAAAGCGCUACGUUCACGUAGAUGGAUCCAUAAUUACCCUUGUUGCGGAGGAUCUUGGUAACGUGGAGGUCAGCAUGACCACAGAAUCCUACAAGACACGGUGUAUUGAGCGGGCUCGGGAGGAGGCGGUGCAACAGCAGACGUACUUUAAAGUGCAGCACGACACGUUGGCGAGCGAUAUUGUCACGACGGUCAUGGAACGAUAUGCUUGUAUAUACAUUGGGCCUUCCCCCUAUGGUGACUUUAAGCUUCUUUCUCGUACAGAACCACAUCGCCUACAUGCUCAG